CCAAAGCUAAUAAGAGACUGGAUACAAUAACAAACAUGUCUUGCAUGGAAUUGAGGUUCCACAACUGUUCUGAGAAAUUAUAAAGUGACGGGAACCAUUUUAUAAACUAAAAAAUUUAUACAUGCUAAGAGAUAGAACAUGGAAGAUAGUUUGUAGUAUUCUCUCACAUGAGUUGCCAUGUGACUGCAGUUCAGAUUUUGUUCUUACGUGACUACAUUUUUCUUCUCAUAUUUAGCUAAAGCAGAACAAUGUCUCUGUGAUUUUUGUGGUAACUGAGGAAUUACUUUCUCUUUUAUGUUUUGUACCACACAAUUUUCAGGAAUUCUCACAGCUCUUCUUCCAAUAAAAAUCAAUCGAUGAUAACAUUUAAAUUCUUGUUUCUUUGUGAUUACUUGAGUUUGGAAUAAAACUCAAGAUAACAUAUUGCACUCGUUCCUGGAUCUCAAGUAAACAAUCCAAUGUGAACAGGAAAACAUAAACCUUAAUUUAUAUACAGUCUUCAAAUAUAGAAGACGGGAAAUAAAAAGGCUUAGAAAUACACACAAAAGUUCCCCGUUUGUGGUGGAGGGGAUUCCUUCUUUGAAUGGGCAGUUCCUCCUUCAGUUCCAUUGUAAGCCAUACAGAAUCCUUUCAAAGCCAUUUCUGCUUGUGUGACUUACAACAUCCAACAACAUACGGUUUGAUGUGAAUUAUGGAAGCUGCUGUGACAUCAUCAGAUGAACAUCCAUGGUGGAGUGAUCUAGUAGAUUAUUUACCUGAUUACUAUGGCAACGAUUCGUUUUAUGAAGACAACAGUUACGAGGAUGGUGAUGUUUGUGACCUGACCAAGAGUAUUAAUUUUGAAGCGGUGUUCAUCCCAGUUCUGUACUCGGUGGUGUUUGUUGUUGGAAUCCUGGGAAAUGGAUUGUUGAUAGCCGUGCUAAUGAAGAACAGGAAGACCUGGAGCGUGACAGACACCUUCAUCCUUCACCUGGCUUUGGCGGAUGUCCUGCUGCUGCUGCUGCUGCCGCUCUGGGCUGUACAGUCUGCAAGCCUGGCUGGAUGGCCCUUUGGGACCCCGCUCUGCAAGAUCACUGGAGCUGUUUUUACAGUCAGCUUGUAUUGCGGGAUUUUCCUCCUUGCCUGCAUCAGCGUGGACCGCUACCUUUUCAUCGUCCAUUCUACCAAUAUGUACACUCGCAGGAAGCCCUGGGUGGUACAAGCCAGCUGCUUGGUGGUGUGGUUAGUCUCCCUUAUCCUCUCCAUCCCUGACUGGUACUUUUUAGAAGCCGUGGAAGAUGUCAGACGAAGCAGAACAGAGUGUGUUCAUAACUACCUUAAGAUUAGACCAGAAUAUUUCUAUAUCGUGAGAAUGGCAGCCCGGUGGCUGUACCACACUAUGGGCUUCCUACUUCCUUCAUUUGUUUUGAUGUUUUGCUACUCCUGCAUUCUGUUGCAGCUGGGGUGUGGCACCAAAGGCCUUCGAAAGCAGAGAGCUUUCAAAGUCAUAAUAGCUGUGGUGGCUGUUUUCUUUCUCUGCUGGACUCCACUUAAUAUCACACUCAUUGUGGACACAAUUCACCAAAACAACGAUAACGGAACAGCAUGUGGAACAAGAACAUCUCUGCAGAUAGCUCGGCUAGUGACUGAGAGUUUGGGAUACCUUCACUGCAGCCUCAAUCCUAUCCUGUAUGCCUUCGUAGGUCUGAAGUUUCAACAUCAGCUGCUGAAUAUCCUGAGGUCUAUGGGCUGCAAACUGAAGACAAGUUUAAAAUCUGAAUCUUCCUUUUGGUCUGAGUCAGCUGACGCCUCCAACGCCAUUGACAUUUGAAAGACUACAUUGAGGAGCUUCAAUGUAUUCAUCAGAGGCAUGAAUAUAAUAAGUUUUACCAUUUUUGUCUAUAUUUGAAUAGCCAAAUAUCCAGACAUAAAUAUUGCAAAAGGUUGUGGAGAGAUAAAUAAUGUAAUUUCUCUUAAUGUUCAUCUAAAUAUUGCUAGGGGCGCAUACACGUAUAUAUAUAUACAUAUAUAUAUAUAUAAAUGUAUGAUCCUGGUCUGUUGGAGUAAGGAUGCAUCUAAAAGUUGCAGUCUUGAGUCUUGAGGACUCGACUUGAGCACCACCGCCUUACAGCUUCUAGUCAAGAACUAUGCUGUCAAACUAAAAAAGCAUUUUUUGCUUUUUUCCUCAGUCAUAUCAAACCUCCUGUUUUCCUUUCAUUAUGUAGAAAAAUUAACUGGUUGCAAACACAUGUACAUAUUUUUUAUUUACUCCAAUGAUUUCUUUUACAGCUUACAUAUUUAUACUUUGUCUUUAUGUUGCAAAGGCUUGAACACCAAAGUCAACAUUCUUGUUUAAUGCAAUCUAGGUGAGUAGAGCUGAUUCUGAUUCUAAUUUUCUAUUUCUAAAAUUUUACAAACAAGACACAUCUGCUCCACAAAUGGUUUCACAAAGGAAACUGAAUCUCUCUUUCUCUCUCUACUGGUGCAAGCUGCAAAAAUUAAAACAAGGAAUUUCACUUUGAGAUUUAAGAGGUAUGCAGAUUUCUCUCUCAUAUGAUGCAAGACAGACAGAAAGCUAUUGACAAAUUGUCUCAAGCAGAAAUCAAAUCACACUGAACCAGAUACUUUUUUAUCACAGUUUCUGUUUGUGGUGAAUAAAUUAUUUCUGUUAUAUUUUGUAAGCAUAUAAAAUAAUAAUAAAAAAAACAUUUAUUAUACAGUUUUGUUUGAUAGCUCUAGUCCUUCAAAGACAAAAUGAUUUUUAUUUUUAAACAAACUGCUCUUGUGAAUCAUUUACAGCGUACAAUAUGCAGUGUGACUUUUAUUAUGUUUCAUUUUGUACAGUCUAAAGUAAAUAAAUUGUGAAAUGUGGAUAUAGGCUAACCUGUUUCUCUGAACUAUGAAUGUUUUCAAGGAGAGAAACUUCGGCUCAGUUGCAGGGUGAAGAUGAUGGAAUGCUUUUUUAAAAUCAGUUUCAGACAUGUGCAGCUGUUUGGAUCAUUCUUAAUUAAUUCCACAUUUUAUAUCUGGAGUUCAAGUUCACCAGCAGCCAGACUGCAAGAGAGAGAGCACAGCCAGCAUUGGUUCUUAAGAAAAAUAUCGUUUGAAUCUGUUUUGUUAUGUAUGUCUACAUAUGCACUUAGAAUCGUCCACAAACAUUUUAUCUAACUGUUUAUUUUAGAGGUAUUUAGUAAUAAAAGUAUGAGUGAGAACAUUUAUAUAAAUUUGACACUUCAAGUAUGUAUUGGGUCUUGAAAAAGCUGAAAGAAUAGAAAAGUAUUAAAAUAAUAUAUUCAUUUAAAAUAUCAUUCGUGUUUCAUAUAACCCUUGAUAUUGUGGUUUUUGUGUUCAUUGAAAGUGAAGAUGGUUAACAAUUUGAUGUCAGAGAUAUGGAAGAAUUACUCUGCUUUUUUUAAUCUCUUUUUUUUUAAUAAAAAAGAUUUACUCUGGA